CCCUUCUCCACCUCUCUGCAUCUUUGCACUUCUCCCGACUCGACGUCGUCGUUACAAGGAAGAAGCGGGUGAGAAAAUCUUCUUUUCCACCGUCUUGCUCAUUUCUGCAGACUUGUUCCGAGGCCGAGGCAUCUCCAAGGCAGUGAUGGCUCUCCAGCGGACCCAGGUCUUUCUUCUGUUCUUGCUGCUGAGCCUGCUGGGGCUGGGGCUGGUACAGCCCUCCUAUGGCCAGGAUCGCAUGUACCAACGAUUCCUGCGGCAACACGUGGACCCUGAUGAGACAGCAGGCAGUGACGGCUACUGCAACCUGAUGAUGCAAAGACGGAAGAUGACUUCACAUCAGUGCAAGCGCUUCAACACUUUCAUUCAUGAAGAUCUUUGGAACAUCCGCAGUAUCUGCAGCACCGCCAACAUUCAGUGCAAGAACGGCCGGAUGAACUGCCAUGAGGGUGUAGUGAGGGUCACAGACUGCAGGGAGACAGGGAGUUCCAGGGCUCCCAACUGCAGAUACCGGGCCAAGGCCAGCACCAGACGUGUUGUCAUCGCCUGUGAGGGUAACCCGGAAGUGCCUGUGCACUUUGACAAAUAGAUACCACUCAACAGGGGUUAUGGCCCAGCAGCUGGCCCUUAACUUACUCCUUAAACAGUAAUGAGUAAGCAUUUGAGCUGUCCCAGGCUGGCUCCCCUGAUUCUUUUUUUCUUCUUUAUAACCCAUUCUGUUAAACACAUUGCAUGACAGAAAAAGAUGAGACACAAACUUAUAAUGAAUCUGGGCUCUUCUAUAAUACGCUUUCUUUUAUAAUAUUGGUCAGCUUUGCUAUCUUUGAUCUUAUCAUCUGGAAUUUAGUCAUUACAUAGCACUUCAAGAAUUUCAAGGUCCUUUCAUCUAAGCUGUCUCAUUCUAAUACCAAUGCUACCCCUAGUGUUACAGUAAACAAAAGCUCAAAGUUAAGGAAUUUGCUAAGACCAAAAUUUAGUAGAAAAGCUGAGACAAAAGUCUAGUUUAACUGGCUACUUAUCCAGUGCUUUUCCCACUUCAGCACAAGGAGUUUUGAAAGUUUUAAUACAUGGCUUUUGUUAUUCCUAAAAAUCAGCUCUUGGGAGAGGCAUUAAAAAGUUGGAAAUAUAUACUUGCAACGUGAGAGCUCUAUCUGUAUUAUGUGGCAAACUAGCUGUAUUUGGAUCUAAUAAGAUCAAGAAAUGAUAUAAGGAAAUUUCUUUUCCCCUUCCCAAACUUUUGAGUCACCCUAGUAAGUCAGAGUAUUAAAAUGUACUAGAUCAUUAAGACUCCUUCACUCUUCCUGACUGAAAGAUUUUUCAUAUGUUCCUUAUAAUAAAGAAAAUAACAUAAUUUCAA